AUGGGUAGCACAGGAGCAGCCUUCAUAUCGGUAUCACCAACUGGUCGACAAACGGCCUGUUCUUAUAAAUUACACCCGGACUGUUCUAUCUUCCAAGCGGAGCUUUCGGCUGUAGACAAGGCAAUAGCCUUCGCCAUGGCAACGGCGGAAGAGUAUGGACCCUCUACGGAAGUUAUCAUACUAUCCGAUAGUCAAGUGGUCCUGAAAUCAUUAACACCGGCGAAGCAGACGGCCCUGUCCAUAGCAAUACGCCGACGAUACCAACACUGUGAGGCGUCUGGCAUCUACGUUACUUUCGCUUGGGUAGGUGCUCACUUUGGGGUGCACUACAAUGAGCGAAUGGACGAGCUUGCCAACGAGGGACGGUCAAGGGGUGUGCCGGAAGACAUCCCGCUGCCCGAGACUGCUACCAAACAGAUCUUGAGUCGAUCGAAGCCUGGAGAGCCUCUUAACAGGCCUGUCACCACCCGUUCAGAGAGCACUAUCAACGCGUAG